UAGAUAGGCCUUAAAGGUGAAUGCUUUUAGGGUUGGAAGCCAUGGCAAGAAGUGAAAGGAAGCAGGAGCAGGGAUGGAAAGCAGCAGCUUUUAUCAUAGUUUUGAUUCUGAAUCAGGUGUGGAGUUUGGGGAGAGGCUAGCUUAUUAUACAAUUGCAUCAAAUUUGAUUACUUUUUUAACUGGCGAGUUGCAAAAAGGGCUAGCUGUUGCUGCACAAAGUGUGAAUACAUGGAUGGGAGUGACCACAAUUGUGCCACUAGCUGGAGCCUUCUUGGCCGACACUUAUUUUGGGCGAUAUCGAAUGGUGCUUUAUUCAACCUUUGUUUACAUCAUGGGCCUCGCUCUCAUGACGCUUACAGUCUCUAUACCAUUCUUCAAGACUGCCAUCAAAAUUCAAGGAGCAUUCUUCUAUUUGGGCCUGUACUUGGUCUCCGUAGGAACAGGGGGUCAUAAGCCAUGCUUGCAGGCUUUCGGUGCCGACCAAUUCGAGGAGGCCGACUCUGAAGAAGUGAGGAGAGAGAAGGCUUCCUUCUUUAACUGGUGGUUUGCAAUCUUGGCCUUGGGCGUUGUAGUGGCUGCAACUGUGGUUGUAUAUGUGCAAGACAAUGUCGGUUGGGGGCUUGGUUAUGGAAUACCAACUAUGACUAUGGUCAUCACUCUCAUAGUGUUCAUGUUUGGUUCACCUUUCUAUGUUUGUGUGAGACCAGAAGGGAGCCCUCUCACAAGCGUGGCUCAAGUGCUGGUUGCUGCUUUUCACAAGAGAGGGCUGGUUCACCCCUUGGAUCCAAGUUUGCUUCAUGAGGAUUCAAGUGUUGGGGAAGGCAAGCGUUUGCUGGAUCACACCAACACACUUAGGUUCUUGGAUAAAGCAGCCAUCAAAGACUCGUCAAUUGAUCUCAAGGACUCAAAUCCGUGGACCCUGUGCACCCUCACCCAAGUAGAAGAAACAAAACUAGUCAUGCGCAUGGUCCCUAUAUGGACCACAUGCCUGGCCCUUGGCAUAACCAUAGCCCAAAGCACCACCUUCUUCAUAAAACAAGGAGCCACCAUGGACAGAAGUGUGUUCCACAAUUUCAAAAUCCCAGCUGCAUCCCUCAUAGCAGUUAGUGCCUUCACUGGCUUCUUAUUCUCCAUCAUAUAUGAUUACUGUUUUCACAAAAAAUCCAAAGAAACCCUAAACCUAACCCUAACCCUAACCCUAACCCAAAGAAUAGGGAUUGGCUUGUUCCUCUCUAUAUCGACGACCGGGGUCGCGGCACUUGUCGAGACGAGGAGGCUCCAUGUCGCACCGCAUCACCUGAUGAGUGUGUUUUGGCUGGUCCCACAAUUCUUCUUGCUCGGGAUCACAGACGUUUUUGCCCUCGUAGGAAUUCAAGAAUUUUUUUAUACCCAAAUGCCAGACUCCAUGAGAAGCCAAGGGAUGGCUCUUUACUUGAGUGUUAUUGGGGUUGGGAGCUUCCUUAGUUCAUUUGUCAUAUCGGUAAUUGAUAAGGGGAGCCGAUUAGGACGGCAUGGUAGCUGGUUUAACAAUAACUUAAACAUGGCUAGGUUGGAUUAUUUCUAUUGGUGUUUAACAGCACUAAACUUGAUUAACUUUGGAUUCUAUAUUUAUGUGGCAAGGAAAUACACUUACAAGAAGGUGAAAGAAGGGGUGGCCAAUGGUCCUAGUGCUGCAUAGGUUAGAAACGGACGGUUGGGAUUUUAAAAUUUUCAACUUUUCAACUUUCAACCAACGGCUGGGAUUUAAAAUAGGUUUGUGUAUUUUAAUGCACUUUUGUAUAAUAUAUGGCAUAAAAUAGUUGUGGACUUGUGUAA